GACGGCUGCCCCGAGCUGGGUGUCUGCCAGCAGAGAAAGAAUGCUCUUUCCUGAUGCAAACUUUGUUAUAGAUCAUUUAUGUUAUACCCAAAGUCAGUGAAAUAAACAUGAGUGAAGCCCCCAGAUUCUUUGUCGGGCCUGAAGAUACAGAAAUAAAUCCUGGAAGUUACCGACAUUUCUUCCACCAUGCAGAUGAGGAGGAGGAGGAGGAAGAUGAAUCCCCACCAGAAAGGCAGAUUGUGGUUGGAAUAUGUUCUAUGGCAAAGAAAUCCAAAUCCAAACCCAUGAAGGAAAUUCUCGAACGGAUCUCCUUAUUCAAAUAUAUCACAGUAGUGGUAUUUGAAGAGGAAGUCAUUUUGAAUGAACCAGUGGAAAACUGGCCUUUAUGUGACUGUCUUAUUUCUUUCCAUUCUAAAGGAUUUCCACUGGACAAAGCCGUUGCCUAUGCGAAACUCAGGAAUCCAUUUGUAAUCAAUGACUUGAACAUGCAGUAUCUCAUACAAGACAGGAGGGAAGUGUAUAGCAUCCUUCAGGCUGAAGGAAUCUUACUUCCUCGUUACGCAAUCUUGAACCGGGACCCAAAUAACCCCAAAGAAUGCAAUCUGAUUGAAGGAGAGGAUCAUGUGGAAGUAAACGGGGAGGUUUUCCAAAAGCCAUUUGUAGAAAAACCAGUCAGUGCAGAAGACCACAAUGUGUACAUCUAUUACCCCACAUCCGCCGGGGGUGGAAGCCAAAGACUCUUCAGGAAGAUUGGCAGUAGAAGUAGUGUCUAUUCCCCAGAAAGCAAUGUACGAAAAACAGGCUCCUACAUCUAUGAAGAGUUUAUGCCCACCGAUGGCACGGAUGUUAAGGUUUAUACAGUGGGUCCAGAUUAUGCGCAUGCUGAAGCUCGAAAGUCUCCGGCCCUUGAUGGCAAGGUGGAGAGAGACAGUGAAGGAAAAGAAGUAAGAUACCCUGUCAUUCUCAAUGCACGGGAGAAAUUAAUUGCUUGGAAAGUCUGUCUAGCUUUUAAGCAAACUGUUUGUGGCUUUGAUUUAUUACGGGCCAACGGGCAGUCCUAUGUCUGUGAUGUCAAUGGCUUCAGUUUUGUGAAAAAUUCCAUGAAGUAUUAUGAUGAUUGCGCAAAAAUACUUGGAAAUAUUGUGAUGCGAGAGCUUGCACCGCAGUUUCAUAUUCCCUGGUCAAUACCUUUAGAAGCUGAGGAUAUCCCGAUUGUGCCAACUACAUCUGGAACUAUGAUGGAACUUAGAUGUGUCAUAGCUGUGAUACGUCAUGGGGAUCGAACACCAAAGCAGAAAAUGAAAAUGGAAGUGAGGCAUCAGAAAUUUUUUGACCUCUUUGAAAAAUGUGAUGGAUAUAAGUCAGGGAAAUUGAAACUCAAAAAGCCAAAACAGUUACAGGAGGUGCUAGAUAUUGCACGGCAACUUCUUAUGGAGCUGGGCCAAAAUAAUGAUUCCGAGAUUGAAGAAAACAAGUCAAAACUUGAGCAGCUGAAGACGGUACUAGAAAUGUAUGGCCAUUUUUCUGGGAUAAAUCGUAAGGUUCAGUUGACCUACCUUCCUCAUGGUUGUCCGAAAACAUCUAGUGAGGAGGAAGACAGCCGAAGAGAAGAGCCAUCCUUGCUUCUGGUCCUUAAGUGGGGAGGAGAAUUAACUCCCGCAGGCAGAGUCCAGGCUGAGGAACUUGGAAGAGCUUUCAGGUGUAUGUAUCCAGGAGGUCAAGGAGAUUAUGCAGGGUUUCCUGGCUGUGGUUUACUUAGGUUACAUAGCACCUACCGACACGACCUCAAAAUCUACGCCUCUGACGAAGGCCGGGUGCAGAUGACUGCGGCUGCUUUUGCAAAGGGGCUGUUAGCUCUAGAAGGAGAGCUGACCCCCAUUCUUGUUCAGAUGGUAAAAAGUGCAAACAUGAACGGUCUGCUGGAUAGCGACAGUGACUCUCUGAGCAGCUGCCAGCAGCGCGUGAAGGCAAGGCUGCACGAGAUCCUACAGAAGGACAGAGACUUCACUGCCGAAGACUACGAGAAGCUUACUCCAUCUGGAAGUCUCUCUCUUACCAAAUCCAUGCAUUUGAUUAAGAAUCCUGUGAAGACCUGUGACAAGGUUUAUUCUUUGAUUCAGAGUUUGACUUCUCAAAUUAGACAUCGAAUGGAAGAUCCCAAAUCAUCAGAUAUUCAGCUUUAUCAUAGUGAAACACUGGAGCUUAUGCUGCGUAGAUGGUCCAAGUUGGAGAAAGACUUUAAAACAAAGAAUGGAAGAUACGAUAUUAGUAAAAUCCCUGACAUAUAUGACUGUAUAAAAUAUGAUGUCCAGCAUAAUGGCUCCUUGAAGUUAGAAAAUACAAUGGAAUUAUAUCGCCUUUCCAAGGCCCUAGCAGAUAUUGUCAUCCCUCAGGAAUAUGGUAUAACUAAAGCUGAGAAACUGGAAAUUGCCAAAGGCUACUGUACUCCUCUAGUUAGAAAAAUUCGCUCAGACCUUCAGAGGACCCAAGAUGAUGACACUGUAAAUAAACUCCAUCCUGUGUAUUCCAGGGGUGUUCUGUCUCCUGAACGUCAUGUUCGUACCAGAUUGUAUUUUACCAGUGAAAGUCACGUACAUUCUUUAUUGUCUAUUCUUCGCUAUGGUGCCUUGUGCAAUGAAUCAGAUGAACAGUGGAAACGAGCUAUGGAUUAUUUAAACGUUGUCAAUGAGCUCAACUACAUGACACAGAUUGUUAUCAUGCUUUAUGAGGAUCCUAACAAGGACCUCUCCUCAGAGGAACGCUUUCAUGUUGAAUUACACUUUAGUCCAGGAGCCAAAGGCUGUGAAGAAGACAAAAAUUUACCAUCUGGUUACGGAUAUAGACCAGCUUCCAGAGAGAGUGAAGGCAGGAGAACUUUUAAAACUGAUAGUGAUGAUGAACCACACUCCUCUAAAAAAGAUGAGGUUGAUCGAGCUGUUCUAAUGUUUAAGCCAAUGGUGUCAGAGCCGAUUCAUAUACACAGGAAAUCUCCACUUCCAAGGUCUAGGAAGAUGGUUACAAGCGAAGAAGAGAGCCCCCUGAGUGUGUCUAGCCCAGAGGGUACUGGUACCUGGCUGCAUUAUACCAGUGGUGUGGGUACUGGGCGUCGAAGACGCAGAUCAGGGGAACAAAUCACUUCUUCCCCUGUGUCCCCCAAAUCAUUGGCUUUCACAUCCAGUAUUUUUGGCUCAUGGCAACAGGUCGUAUCUGAAAAUGCCAACUACCUGCGAACACCAAGAACUCUUGUGGAACAGAAGCCGAAUCCUACUGUAGGGUCUCACUGUGCGGGCCUGUUUAGCACCACGGUGCUCGGGGGUUCUUCAAGCGCACCUAACCUACAGGAUUAUGCUCGUACUCAUCGUAAAAAGCUGACCUCUUCUGGCUGCAUAGAUGACGCCACACGCGGUUCUGCUGUUAAAAGGUUUUCUAUCUCAUUUGCUCGACACCCAACCAAUGGCUUUGAAUUGUACUCCAUGGUCCCGUCUAUUUGUCCUCUAGAGACUCUUCACAAUGCGCUGUCUCUGAAGCAGGUGGAUGAAUUUCUUGCUUCCAUCGCUUCUCCAUCGAGUGAUGUGCCACGGAAGACACCUGAAAUGUCCUCCACAGCUUCACGUUCCAGUCCAACAAUGAGAAGAAAAGUAUCUCUAAAUACAUAUACUCCUGCAAAGAUUCUCCCAACACCACCAGCUCCCUUAAAGACCACUAAAGCGAGCAGCAAACCAGGUUAGGGGCACCAGUGGGCCUUCUACUGCAAUUGUUCCCAGUACCUCAGCUCGGAAAAAGAGUAUAACUAACAAACCGGAAAUGCCUGAGCACAGAAAAAGCACUGGGAAAAAGAAAUGAAAAUAAAAUAGAACUUCAUAUGCUUAUAAAAGUCACAUAAUGAAUAGAAAAAAAAAAAACCCUUGACCUAAAACUGUCAAAGCAAGCAGUUUGUUUUUCCUCAUACAUACCUGUAUUCAUAGAAGAAUGUCUUUUCACGUCUAGGGGAUUACUUACGUUCACGUAGGAUAUUUUGUCUUACUCUGAGAACAUUUGCAUCAAUGUUCCCAGCGUUCUGCGAGCAGCAGAGC